CCGCCCGAAUCGCCCGAUUGACAUGCAUUGAAAUUAUUGAAUUACAAAACAAAAUAAUAAUAACAACAACAACUGGGGGGUUUUGGGUGUCGAGUGUGAAAAGGCAAGCGCGCCGAUUUCCAAUCAGAUGGCAUGCCGUUGCUUCAUGGACAUGGGAUGCCCAAGAUGAAACUUGUGGCAUUUGUAGGAUGGCUUUUGAUGGUUGUUGCCCUGAUUGCAAACUCCCAGGGGAUGAUUGCCCUCUGAUCUGGGGUGCUUGCAACCAUGCCUUUCAUCUUCACUGCAUCUUGAAGUGGGUGAAUUCGCAAACUCCUCAAGCACAUUGCCCCAUGUGCCGUAGAGAGUGGCAAUUUAAAGGAUGAAAUUCACAUGUACGAGUUGUUCUUGUCUCACUCUCAAAGUCCACUCCCCGUGUUAAAAGAAAAGUAUAUUAAAUGUUUGUUUCUUAUGUUCUAAUUUAGACCAAGUCUUAUCAAAUUGUUAACUGUGAAAUAUGCUUCCAUAUUGUGCAAUUUAUUAUGAGAUUUUCUUUUUCAUA